UCAAAAUAGGCGUAUUUAUCACAAAUUAGCUAAAAACAAAGUUGAUGUGUUAGUCUUAACACACCAGAUUUUUCUUAAUUUUUUAGCCGCGGAGGACAACCCACCCAUUCGUCUGUCUGAUGUUUCAGUCCUGGUGUUUGAUGAGGCUCACCACUGCAGCGGAAACCACCCGUACAACAAGAUUAUGCAGUACUACAAAAAGACGCCCAACCGGUUUAAACCUGUUGUGCUCGGUCUGACAGCCUCGCCGGGCGGAGAACUUACAGUUGAAAGAACCAGCGAGACAGUUGAAAAGCUCCUUGAGAACUUGGAUAGUGUAGUAACGAUGCCCACUGAGUCGGAUUUGUUACAUUGUAAUAUCCCAGACGUGAUUUAUGAAAGAUCUGACUGUAUGAACACUGAUCAAGUUCUCCUCCAGAAAUAUAUUGAGGAACACAUCAAAUAUCUGAUAGACGUCCACUUCAAAGAUAAACCAGAUCGUCAAAGUUUUGCGUUUCCUGUAUUCUCGCCGAAUUUAAGGGGUGCACUGAGAAAGCUGAUUGACAGUUACCACGAUAACAAGAAAUCCUUAAAAGCGCUGACCGUUGCUGAGCAUGCAAUGCGCUUGCUCAGCAUUGUUGAGGUUUGCGAAGUUCUUGGUUACCAGUAUGCUGUUGAAAGUCUUAAAGAAUGUGUAGACCGCAUUGUUUACGCUAAGUCGCCGAAAGAUGGUGCCCUGAACAGGUUAAUUGGAAGACACCCUUCAUUUCAAAACCUCAAAAUUUUGGUAGACCAAGCUUGCGCGGCAGACUACGCUGGUGCAGUUGUCAUGUCGGACAGGUACCAUAUUCUUGUGAAGCACAUAGAGCAGUUUCUUCGCCAAGCUCGGGAAGAUCCAACUUCUAGAGGCAUGAUCUUUGUAAGCUUACGCAAAACGACCUUCAAACUGUGCGACCAGAUUAGGGAGAUCCCGAAUGUGGCCAAAACCUUAAACCCCUACCCUUUUGUCGGCCAUGGUCAAGGAAGCUAUGACGGAAUGGCAUGGAAAGACGAACAGGAAGAGCUGUUAAAAGAGUUCAGAAAAGGAGCGUCCAAAUUGCUGAUUUGCACCAAUGUUUUGGAGGAAGGACUGGAUGUCCCUGAAUGCAACCUGGUCAUUCGCUUUGAGGGUGCGGCAACACUUCGGGCACUGGUUCAGACCCGUGGGCGCGCGUCCCGUAGACCUGACAGCAAGUUUAUCGUCAUAUGCAGUGAAAAAGAAGAAAAAGAUGCCAAAGAUUUGUGCCUCAAGGUACAGAACGUGGAAGAAGCCAUCAACUGUUUGAUGACUAACCCAAGGCGACAAUCACAAGCAGAGGAAUUCGGAUGCGAAGUGAAGAAACCUAAGCUCUUUCUCCCCGGCACAGAGGAAAGCGUUGUGGAUACCUCUCCAGUCAUGCACUACAGCCCUCGCAUAUCUGUCACGGUGCGCAAUAUAGUAGCUCAAGCAUCCCGUGUGAUAGAUUUUCUGAACGACAACUUCGACGUGAUAUCUUCAAAGCCCAUUCAGGCCAUUUCAUCACCCGGUGAAGCACUUAAAAAGAAACCCGCAUCAAAGGAUAUGGCCUUUGAACUCGAACCAAGCCAUAAUGAAGAAGCCAAGGAGUUUCACUCAAAGGAAGAGUUUGCAUGUCACGUGACAGAAGCGUGGUGCAUGCAUCUCACCGACGGUGUCGAAGAACCACUUCCGGUUUGGCUCCAGGCCCCACCAUUAGAGACACGCCGCAGAUCUAACGAACCAUUUCAUUGGUUAAAAGCAAGUUCCCUAUGCCUUGGUACUUUUAUAAGUCGAUGCCAUUUUCAGUGUGAGUGGCCUCUAGUACCUAGACUAAAGGACAUAAAGAUUCAUUUUGAUCACAGCUUUAAGAUGUUGUCCUUGUUUUCCUCCAUCGUUUCUCCCAACGUUCCUGCUCAAGAUGUUGUCGUUGGAAGUUCAAAUAAGAUAGAACUUCGCUACCACGAAAUGGAAGAUUUCAUAAUCGUGGACUCUGAUUGUAAUGCAGGAAUCAUCAAAGUGUUUCUGUCGGCGAGACACCCUCCACGGCUGUAUAAACAGGGGUUCGUCGAUCUUGCUCAAAUAGAUGAACCUGACGAUGAAGAUGAUUCAGUCGUCUCGACAAGUGACGAUGAAUCGGAAGCCGAAGGCCUCUCGACCGACGAAGAAUACGCGGAUGUAGGUACAGCCGAUUUUUAUGACGCCUCCCCAGAGCUCUCACGUAAUCUCACAGAUAAAAGAAACUGGGAAAGAGCGUCAGAUUUCCACCUUGGUGAGAAUUCCGUAAGCCAAUGUUUUACCUAUUGUGUUACAAUACCAUUCAAUGAGGUUAUCCAGUUGAGACGCUUGUUGACGACAGUAGAGAAAAGAUUCCACAAAAGUGUAUUUUACUGCCGAGUGAAGGAGAGCUAUGGGAAAUUACCAGAUGUAGACAUUCCCGAUAGUUUGCCAUUUGAUGUCACGUAUGCCGCCGGAAGUGUCCUCGGUUUUCAUCCUUUCAUUCGCGGGAGAGUGCUACGAGGAAAAUUUGGUGGACUCUUGCUGAGCAAAUCUUCUAAUAUAGCUAUUGCCGCUUUGGAAAACUUGAAUAAAGUGUUGGAAAAAGACAAGUUCUGUGAUCCGGGCACCACUCUGGAGUCGCUACUGAAACAAGAAAAC